UUAGUCAGACUCAAAUCCAAGCGAGGCGACCGAGGCGCCAUCUUUCGUGCGUUUCUCCCUGCAACGAUGAGAAAAUGAUCUCGAAACCGGUGGCCCAUGCCACCUCCAAUCUGUAAAUAAAGGCGUAUAUGAAAAGAGCUCGUAUCCGAGCAAAACAUCGAUUCAUAAUAUAAAGAAAAAUAUACAUUUGCUAUCCAUAAUCCACUGAAGGGGACGGCAGCAGCAAGGUGUUGUCUAGUAUCAACCAUUUCGUGAUUCCGGAGCCGAUAGCGAAAAGGGUUCCUGAAACCGGGGUGUUUUUCACGAAGCGGACGCGGAUAUGGCAAAGGCGGCGGGGUUGCUUUACCAAACGGCUUAUUUCGUGCUUUGGUGACAUUGUUGUGAUACUGAAGCCAAAGGUCGGUGGAAUAGUUGCCGAAAUUCCCUCGGAUCGCGCGCCCGUCACGUGCCAGGCUGUGUAGUUGGGCUGGAGUGAAGGUUUGGAGGUGCAGGCUGCCGUGCCCAUUCCUCGGCCCUGCAUGGCUGCGAUGGCGCCCGCUUUGACCGACGCACCAGCCGAAGCCCGCCACAUCCGCUUCAAACUCGCCUCUCCCUCAUCCACCCUGUCCCCCGGCAGCACUGAGAACAACAGCAACGCCAGCAACAUCCUCAUCUCCGACUCGGUCUCGGACUCUGCCGGUAGCCACACCAACGGCAAGUGUCACGUCAGCGCCGACGACGGACAGAGCUUCGCCCAUUACCACAGCGUCAAGGGUCAGGAACAGGAACCCCUGUCUAAUGCCCCAUCUCUGGGCAAGCUGGCAACGUACUUGUGCUCUGAUGUCAAACCAUUGCCCUCGUCCACCAAAGUCAAGGAGUCACUGAAGCUGCAAGGUGUCCUCAUCAAGCAGUCGGUGCUGAAGAGCCACGGCCUGCUGAGCGGCUCCAUAUUCCCGAGCGCUGCUGCAGGCAGCGACUUCCUGCUGCGCAAGCGGCACACACUUGAGCUAACCAGAGGUCAGUUGAAGAGCCUUGUCAACGGUGCCGGAGCUGGAAGUACCAUGGUGCCUGUGAACGGACUCUCCAAGAAAGUGGCUGUACCUAGUGCGGCCGUGGCUGAGAAAGGCAGCGUGGCCACAGUGAAUGGAGACAGCAACCAGCCUUCCACCAAUGGGGAAGCGUUGUUAUCCGUGUCCUCCAAGUCUGUCGGUACCUUUGCAACCGGCGACGUGAAUCCACAACAGAAUUUGACACCAAGCGUUCAAGGUGUGUCAUCACAUAGGGAGCUCACGGCUUUGUCUGAAAGUACGGAGGUUAAAGCAGAACCGGAGAGUCCCGAUGUUGAAACAAACAGUAACAAUAUCGUAGACUGUCCCUUGUCCCUUAACUCUUUCCCAGUCCAUGAUGACUCAUCCGUUUCGACCCCCAACCUGGAGGCUCUGCUCCGGGAUUGGGCUCAGCAGAGCCAACACAGGCAAACGGACAUCGAAGGCCGCCUCCUAUGGAGGAGAGCUGAAGGGCGGUUUGCCAGGGAAAGAGCCACAAUCAUCAGUCACUGGACUUGGCUGCAGGCUCAGAUAUCAGACCUGGAGUACCGCAUCCGACAGCAGGUCGACAUCUACCGCCAGCUCCGCUCCAGCAAGGGUCCUGUGGAGCUGGGAGCCUCCGCCCAUUCCUGCCAGAGAACUGUAAAUAUGACGGAGACUAAUGAGAAUGUCCCGACCUCAGAAACAUCCCAGAAUUUCACAGAAUCCCAGUCUCGCUUGGUGGACACAUCUGAGAACGACAUCUCCAUUAGUAGUGUGGCAGAAGUGUCUGACACAUGCUUGUCAAGUCUGGACAGCAGCUGUACAUCCGCACGAACACGCCCACUGCUAACCUGCAGGAGACGACGUCUUAUCCACCCGAACACUGUCCACAAUCUCAACAGCAAGUUUCAGAGAGUGUCUUUCUCACCUCCAAGCGUGUGCGAGGUCAACGGCUUGUGUGUCAUGUGUGACAGUGCUCCUCCCCUCUCCAAACCAGACUUACCGUUUAAUCGCCCUCUGCUGGAGAGAGUCGCACAUCAAGACCGCAGCAUCCACCCUGUUCUUUCCAUGCAGUCGGAUGUUGCCCUCAGCUUACAGUUGAAGAAGGUCUUGAGAUCUCAUUGGCAGACUCGUCCGUUUGACAGGAUCAAACCGCUGAAGAAGAUCUCUCUCAAACACAAGCUCUCCAUCACACCUUCCUCCUCCUUCCUCUCUAAACACAAAUUCAGACUGUCAAACUCGCAUGCGGCUGCAGUCCGGUUGGCCCGUCACAAGAGCAGGUCGCAGAGGCUGCACAGGCUGCAGGUGGACAACAUCUUGUGUGUCCCAAAGCUGGAAACACUCACACCCUGCAGGCCGGAUCGUGUACUGCACCAGAGUCACAGCAGGAAGAGGGUCAGAGAGCAUUCACUGGACAGAGCAGACUCACCAAAAGUGGUGAUGGAUGCAUGUCCAAGUCCAUGUGCGUCUCUGUCCAGCCUUCAUUCGUCCAACACCAGUCCCUUGACCAGACAGCUCUCCCUCCCCGUUGAGAGCCGCACUCCUCUGGGAAACAGCGUGCCCGUUCGGAGAAGAAGAGGCGAGAGUCCGUUUGAUAUCAACAACAUCGUCAUUCCAAUGUCAGUGGCCGCCACCACCAGAGUGGAGAAGCUUCAGUACAAGGAAAUUCUCACACCCAGAUGGAGGGAAGUGGACAUUUUAGUCAAACCAUUGGCAGAGGAAGACAAUAACAUUCCGGUGGAGGACCUUUCAGAAGGAGCGUUCGCUAAACUCCACCAGACGUUAGAGGAUCAGGAGCGCUCUCGCUGGCGAUGGACGGCUCUCGCACCCGCCAAGAGGAGAGGCAGCAGGUCCUAUAAAUCACUGGACGGGCGAACGACACCAUCAAUAGUGGGAACGAACCCUUCGACGCCUCAGCCCUCAUCCCCAGACGCAAGUCACUUCCACCUCCUGCAGGACUACGGGCUGGUGCAGUCACCCCUGAGCCCACCCAGCCCCGACACGCCGUGCUCCCGCGACGCACACACACCUCACACCAGAGACACACACAGACUGUUGUACAGCGAAGACACGUGCGGCUCCACUUCAGACUGCACCUUUGAGGAGAUGACGGUCCAGCCCUGGGAACCCAGGAGUUUUCCUUUACCUGAGGACCCGAUAGUGGAGCCCGAGACGGACAAGAGUCAACCGAGCUUUCCUACAGGCCUACAGGAGUCAGAGAGCGACGCUUCAGAGCCGUGACGAUCAACUGAUUAACGACCUUAAAACCACACCUCCUAUGGCAUUAAUUGAGAAGAAAACUCGUACUAAUCAAAACAAACAAACAAAAAAAUCUGUCAGGACUUCUGUUGUUUGAUAUUCAAACAUCACCCAAUUAUUUUCACAGUUUUUAGUGAAUAUCACCGAACAUAGAAAGCUAAACCUGUCUUCUAAAACUCUUUUCUCAGAAGAAAAAAUGUAAACGAGAUGUAUGAAAGUUGUUUCCAUAAAUGUUUUCAUAGUCAGCUAAAUAUAUCAUUGGGACUUGGUGUGGUAUUCUAACCUGUCAGGUGAACACUAUGUAGUGCACUGUGUAGCAGACUUAAGAGGGCUUGACCAAAGGGUGCCUCUCUGCUGACUUCUAUAUGUAUGCUUGUGUUGUGAAGUGACAAACCAAAACCCAACGAAAAUACUUGUCCGUGUUAUUCUCGAUUGAAGGUCACGUUCCAAUCUCCUCAGUUAAAAAGCACUUCACAGGGCGUCAAUAUCUUGCUCUCUUCCUCGACCCUCCCUUUUUAAUAAUUUCCCACCAGCAUAUGGAGUGUGGCUAUGCUGAUGGUCAUGGCAUUAUGUAUCUCAAUGCUAAUGGAGAAAUUGCAAGCUCUGCGAAACGAAGCCUUUUAGUGCACAUUAGUUUAGCUCUCACACUUGGGCCCUUGCGUGUUCCAGGCUCCUUCUACAUCAUCUGUUGAGGUUGUACUUUGUAUUCCUUCUGAAAGGAGCCAGAUGUUUCACACAGACCUGCCCUUCUCAGGUUAUGCAGUUGUAUGGAAACUUGUGUUAACAAGGCGUCUGUUUUUCUUUCACUUUGUCGGUGUGACCCCAUAUUAGUGUUCUUAUUCUGCACUGUCGCCCCUUUGAAAAUCUACUUGCUAUGCAACUCAACAUUAUUGUUGUGGCCCUGUCCUUUUUCUUUUUCAUACAAUCACAAUUGUCUUUUUUAAAUUUCUUUGACGUGUCUUUCUCUUCAUAGCUGUUUGAGACAGGUUUCAUUGUAAUUCAGACUGUUUCAGAUGUUAAAUCAUUUGCAGAAAAAAAAGAAAAGAAAAAGAAAAACACCCUUUUGUAAAUAGUACCAUUAAAACAAA